CGGGGGAGGGAGAGCAUCGCAUGUACUCGACCACGGUAAAGUAGGUCGACAGAGCACAUACGAGAGACGCCCCACCCAUUACACUAAAUAACAUUAUUUCUUCCCUAUGGAUCCGGGCAUGACUCCUCAAAUAUCACCCUAGUGAGGCGUGAACAGCACGAGCGGUAACAUGGCCUCCUAUCUCCAGGUAAAGUGUACCCUAUGUUCUAUUUCCAAUGUAAGUCAGACAGAUCCCUUGUCUUGCUCUGGACAGAAUGGGUUUCUGCAGAAUGGACGUUUUUGAUUUAUGUGUCGGAGUGUGGUUUCAUAAUGACUUCAGGAUUGCGGGACAGGACAGGUGUGAAUAAAUCCCUGGCAUAUGUUAGCUACCUUGUCAAUUGACAUAAUUUCACAAUUGACGCAGCCAGUCAGGCCUAGUAUGAAAUCCUGAAAGCGGAUCGCACCCGCUAUCUCUGUCUCACCCAGAAACAGGUGGUUGAAAGCAAGCUUAAAAAUGUUGCAGGGGUGACGUUAGUGUGUGAUCGCGCGUGCGUAUGUGCUUCCGUUUGCGAAGACUUGGUCAACUCAAUGAAGACUUGUGCCAUUCUGUGCCAACAUUUCCAGACCUUGGAACUAUAUAAGGUUAUAUUUUGUUUAAAAAAAGUGUUCAGUCACAUAUAAUUUGAUCUUUAGAUGCUUCUUCAUAUGACUUUGAUGUGAGAUUUUUUUUAAAAGUUAGUUUUAAGUGAAACAAAAAUGGAAAAACUAGAAAGUUCUAUCUGCAUAAAUACCUUUUGAAUUUGGCAGUAUAAUGUUCUAUCUGCAAUCCAAUCACAAGCCUGAACAAAUACAGACGUACCAAUCAGAAAAUGUCUUUGCUAUCUCCCUCUAAUAAUGAUGGAGUUCGUUUUUCAUGGCCCGGUGCCCAGGGUGGGUGGAGAUUUCUAUUUAAGACCAAUGGAAAGGUUUAAAAUUACCUAACUCCGUUCACCUGGGGCACAGGGCCAUGCAAAAUGAACUUGACCUGUGUUGUAGGCUAGUCUAGCAAGUAAUAAUGGCACGCAAACAAAAUACAACGUCAGAAAUCUUAAAAGUAUAUCUUGUCAGAUCGUUUUUCAGUGAUGAUCGUAAUUCGUCUGAUCAUAAUAUAUUUCUUAAUGUAUUUGAUGAGUUCUGACUCUAUCUUGGUAAAAUAGUUAUUCUGUCAUUUAUGUAUUCAAAUAGCUACAGUUCUUAACUGAAUGUUUCAUUCAGAAGUGUCAAUAGGCUCUGAAAUGUCAAUCUGGGUUCAGCCAUAAGGUUCUAUCUGUGAUUGCACCCCCCUAAAACAACAGAUUGACAAAUGUCUCAGGAUUUUGAUACUCUGCAAUUUAGGUACCUGAAAGAACAAUUCACUACAAAACACUUCUGACAUCUGGAAUGUGAAAACUUUGAUGCUCAAUAUCUCAGAACUAUGCUUUGCACAGAUAUAACCUUACUCCCAAGGUCAUGAUUUGCUAAAUGUGUUUUAUCUCUUUGCUCCUUCAGAUACCUGAUGAUGAGAAAGGGUAUGAGUUGGACCUCUUCUGUGUCCCCAAACACUAUGAGGAGGAUUUAGACCGGGUCAUCAUCCCUCAUGGACUGAUCAUGGACAGGUAAGUCAAACCAUCACCACUGGACUGGCACUCAUGGGACCUGGGUAGGCUACUGUACUGUAGCAUCAUCAUCAAACCCCAAGGCACGAUGCUGCGUCAAGGUUAUUAUAGUAAACAAAGAAAACAAAAACUAAUCAUGAAAAACAUUUAGUAAACUGAAAUAAAAUGAUUAAGAAACCCGUUUGGAAAACAAAAACUAUACUGAAACUAUUAUCUUUGACUCCAAAACGAACUAAAAUAAAAACCAUCGUACAUUUUGUUCAGCUUUAGUUUUUUCUCUUUUAAUCUUUGGGCAAAAAUCGAAUUGGGUUUUCAAGCUUUUUUUUUCUAAUGGGGUAUUCAAGCUUCUGAAUCUGGCAGGUAAAUGCUGCCAGGAGAUGGCGAUGUUUCAAAUAGGCUUAGCUUGUGCAUCAUUAGCGAUCCAGUCUCUCAUUAGCUAUCUCUCUAGACAGAUGGGUUACCUUCCACAAUGUUCCAGCAUACAAGUCUGUACAAGUACCUGCGUCAAUUUGGACAGGCACGGGGGAUUGGAACAGGGAAGCGCGUCACAUCCGGUGACGUCACCACCUUCUCCACUUGUUGCCCUAGCGUAAACACCCCCGCCGGACACAAAGUAGUAGAUAGCUAGCAAGAUGGAGAAUGUGGAGGUUAUUUUAAUGAGUGCAUUUUGCAAGUGGCUAGUUUGCAUCAUCUACCUUCAAGCCAGGUUUUGUCUGUCUACAGGCUACGGAAACAGUUAGAUUUUUCAGGCUUUGCCCGCCUACCCAAACUCAUGAUUAGUUGAGAGAUUUGUCUGUCUGAAGAGGCCCCUCCCCGGAACCUUUUUUUUUUUUUUAUGUCCAAGAGAAUCUGACAUCUUCACCAGACCUUGUGCUGCUGCUAUAGGUCUGGGAUUUCCGAGACUUCUAGCUAUCACCAAAGAUGAUCUAUUAUAUUGACAAGAUAGUCGAGUGACUGCGCUAAUGAUGGAAAUACAGGUCCACAAAGAUGGAAGGCAGGCGGUAGGAGGAGAGAUCAGGUGGGAUAAUUCUAGCCAAUGAGAGGGCAGAUAUGCGUGUGAACAACAGACACAACUCCGUGUGGCUGAUACCAUUCCAUUUACUCCAUUCCGGCCAUUAUUAUGAGCCGUCCUCCCCUCAGCAGCCUCCACUGAACUCCGAUAGUCUUUCUUUCAAAGUUGCUGAAAUGCCACGUGCAUCCACUUAUCAGUGCAUUCGUAACAACCUAACCAUUACGAAACUUCUAUUCGAUCAAAUAAGCCUCAGAUAGCAAAUACUAAUUAUAUUUUUUGUUGACCAAAUUCGACACUCUCAUUGACCUCCAUACAAAAACUCCUCACUUCCACUAGUUAAUGCAGAUUUUCGCGCAGACAGAUUUAGGGGUGGAGUCAGCCCUCUCGCUUCGCCUUUUUUCUCUCUGUUAUCACUAACUAACAGGGAAGAAUUACAACCUACAACACCUAAAUGGCUCCUAGCCUCCCAUACAUACAGUGGGGAGAACAAGUAUUUGAUACACUGCCGAUUUUGCAGGUUUUCCUACUUACAAAGCAUGUAGAGGUCUGUAAAUCACAUUGUAUGAUUUUAAAGUAAUUAACUUGCAUUUUAUUGCAUGACAUAAGUAUUUGAUCACCUACCAACCAGUAAGAAUUCCGGCUCUCACAGACCUGUUAGUUUUUCUUUAAGAAGCCCUCCUGUUCUCCACUCAUUACCUGUAUUAACUGCACCUGUUUGAACUCGUUACCUGUAUAAAAGACACCUGUCCACACACUCAAUCAAACAGACUCCAACCUCUCCACAAUGGCCAAGACCAGAGAGCUGUGUAAGGACAUCAGGGAUAAAAUUGUAGACCUGCACAAGGCUGGGAUGGGCUACAGGACAAUAGGCAAGCAGCUUGGUGAGAAGGCAACAACUGUUGGCGCAAUUAUUAGAAAAUGGAAGAAGUUCAAGAUGACGGUCAAUCACCCUCGGUCUGGGGCUCCAUGCAAGAUCUCACCUCGUGGGGCAUCAAUGAUCAUGAGGAAGGUGAGGGAUCAGCCCAGAACUACACUGCAGGACCUGGUCAAUGACCUGAAGAGAGCUGGGACCACAGUCUCAAUGAAAACCAUUAGUAACACACUACGCCGUCAUGGAUUAAAAUCCUGCAGCGCACGCAAGGUCACCAGUUUGCCAAUGACCAUCUGGAUGAUCCAGAGGAGGAAUGGGAGAAGGUCAUGUGGUCUGAUGAGACAAAAAUAGAGCUUUUUGGUCUAAACUCCACUCGCCGUGUUUGGAGGAAGAAGAAGGAUGAAUACAACCCCAAGAACACCAUCCCAACCGUGAAGCAUGGAGGUGGAAACAUCAUUCUUUGGGGAUGCUUUUCUGCAAAGGGGACAGGACGACUGCACCGUAUUGAGGGGAGGAUGGAUGGGGCCAUGUAUCGCGAGAUCUUGGCCAACAACCUCCUUCCCUCAGUGAGAGCAUUGAAGAUGGGUCGUGGCUGGGUCUUCCAGCAUGACAACGACCCGAAACACCCAGCCAGGGCAACUAAGGAGUGGCUCCGUAAGAAGCAUCUCAAGGUCCUGGAGUGGCCUAGCCAGUCUCCAGACCUGAACCUAAUAGAAAAUCUUUGGAGGGAGCUGAAAGUCCGUAUUGCCCAGCGACAGCCCCGAAACCUGAAGGAUCUGGAGAAGGUCUGUAUGGAGGAGUGGGCCAAAAUCCCUGCUGCAGUGUGUGCAAACCUGGUCAAGACCUACAGGAAACGUAUGAUCUCUGUAAUUGCAAACAAAGGUUUCUGUACCAAAUAUUAUGUUCUGCUUUUCUGAUGUAUCAAAUACUUAUGUCAUGCAAUAAAAUGCAAAUUAAUUACAUAAAAAUCAUACAAUGUGAUUUUCUGGAUUUUUGAUUCCGUCUCUCACAGUUGAAGUGUACCUAUGAUAAAAAUUACAGACCUCUACAUGCUUUGUAAGUAGGAAAACCUGCAAAAUCGGCAGUGUAUCAAAUACUUGUUCUCCCCACUGUAGGAGGCUACUUUCUGUCCCCAACACUAACACUAAAACUGAAACUAAAUAAUAUAAAAACGAAAUAUAAAUGUUUUUAUAGAAAUAAAACUGAAUAAAAACUAGUUAUUCAUGCCGGGAAACCAACUGAAACUAAACUGAAUUUCAAAUAAAUAAAUAAAAACAAAUAGAAAUGAAUAUAUAGCUAAUAACCUUGUGCUGCGUACAAUAAAUGGAGAGCAGAAUAUUAUAGGUUCAACUCGUCGGAUCAGGUUACAGUGAGUUGUUAACAGAAAUAGUGUCUCUCUCUGACACACACUUUCCUAUUCACUUAUGGAGUAAAUCAGGACUCAACGUUCUCACCAACUCCUCUGUGCCUCUAUUGUUUUCUUAAUUUACCCAUGGUUGCAAAGGUAUUUUGUGUGAAACAGCUCACCAACAUAUUUGUUAGGCAAAUCACUGUUAGGCAUUCAGACCAGCAGGGAAGUUACAGCCACCAUCAAUUUGAAUUGCAGACAUGGGGGUGGCAAGCAGCAGGCUUAUGAAUGCGGUGGCAAGCAGCAGGCUUAUGAAUGCGACAUGGGCAAUCGGACUACCCGGUUGUAGAAUGCCAUGUUAAACCCUGUUCUGAAUACGGUAGAAGGACUCCAACCAGAUCAUUUGAUUUGACCCAGGCAGCAACUUUUCAUCAGGUGGCCAGACUAACCACAAACCAUUAUUUAUUUUUUUGACUAACCAGAUCACAAACCAACUGAAGAUUGAUGAGCCUGCACAUAAAUUACAGUUCACAUGCCAUUGUAUCUUCCUCUCUCCUUCUCUCUCUCCAUCCCCCUUCUUUAUCCUUCUCUCUGUUCCAUCUCCUUCUCUCUCUUUGUCUCUCUCUCUCUAGGACUGAGCGUCUGGCUCGUGAUAUAGUCCGUGACAUGGGGGGACACCAUAUAGUAGCACUGUGUGUUCUCAAAGGAGGUUAUAAAUUCUUUGCCGACCUGCUGGACUACAUCAAGGCCCUAAAUCAGAACAGCGAGAAGUCUGUCCCGUUGACUGUGGAUUUCAUUAGGCUAAAGAGCUAUUGCGUGAGUGAACCAUUCCACAUUUAUCUUCCUCCUUCAAUAGCUUCCAAAUCUGUUAGAUACAGUAGAUGGCAAUCUUUAUGUACAGUAAAUGCCGGGUUACAUGCUUAUUCUGGGGGUAUUGUUGCUGGAGAAUUGUGUUGUCUAGCCUGGUCUUAGAUCAGUUUGUGUGUUUAGCCAACUCCUUUGUUAUCUGUUCUCAUGCCAACAAACACGACACAGGGGUUGGCUAAAGCACAAUCAGAUCUACUACUAGACUCUGAUCUGCUACUGAUGCAUGAGCAGAUAACACUGCCAUUGGCCAACACUGUUAUGAGGUAUAUUUAGAUCACCACUAGAUCACCUUAUGAUAGAUUUAGACCAUCACCCUCUUCCUGGAUGAGAUGUGUAGUUUUACUGGUGUGUGUGUGUGUGUGUGUGUGUGUGUGUGUAUUGUCCCCAGAAUGACCAGUCUACAAACAGUGUCAAAGUUAUUGGAGGGGAUGAGCUCUCUACUCUAACGGGGAAGGUGAGAUUUGAUUGCUUGCCAUAAUCACUGAUAAAAUAUUGUACAUCUUAGGAGUGAAGUUGUAACCCUUUUACCAAUGAGGCUCUGUAAUUUUUAAAUAAAUUAUUCAAAUGUUCUGAUCUGUACAUAUUCAUCAACAGUAUAUUUGUGUGAUCAAUUGUUUCGUCAUUUCCUUUGCAGAAUGUUUUGAUAGUUGAGGUAAGACAAUUUCCCUCUGUCUUUCUAGCACUUCAUCUGAAUUGUCAAUCCUGCUAAAUGUUAAAACUGCUGUAAAUAAAUGUGUGGAGCAUGCUAGCUCUCACAUGAACCGUAGCAAUAUGACCAGGGCACAAAUCACAUUCACUCUUGGGUCCACAUAAAUAUUUUAUUGCUUGCCUUGAAUUAGUGAAUGACUGCUUUGCAUGCCAUAAAUUGAAACCCCUUAUCCAACGGUAUCUGUCCUGCUGAUUUGUUUAGGACAUUGUGGAGACGGGGAGGACUAUGGAGACACUGCUAUCACUGCUAAGUGAAUGCAAUCCAAAGAUGGUCAAAGUGGUCAGGUGAGAACCAUUGUAUACAGUACUCUCUUUUCUCCCAUAUCAUGCCUACUGAACAUCCUCUAGAAGUGCUGUGUAGCCCUGAUUUAGACAGAAGUGUUUCAGCUCAGAAUGUCAGUCACUUUGCCGAUCCAGACAGCACUCUCUGUCUACCCUAAUGCUCUCUCUUCCCCUUAAGCACUGAUUUAGAGAUGUUAUGUGACUGGGGCAGCUUAAGAGUUAAUCUAUGCACUGUUAACAGAUCUGUGGCAGGACGGGAUAUCCCUCUGCUAUCGAAGGGACUGUUUGACCCUCUAGUUUAGGUUGUAGAUGGCUAUGUUCUUGAGUGCAUUAUAUUAUUAAGAACAAUACAACACCAUUGAGUGAAUUGUAUUGUUUGCUGUGUCAUUGAGAUUGUUGUAUAGACUAUGUCAUUGACAACAUCGCAUGGUUUGCCUAGAGAUCCUAUUCAUUUCUCUGGUUGUAUGCAUUGUCAUUUCAGCCUUCUAGUCAAGAGAACACCAAGGAGCUCAGGAUACAGACCAGACUGUGAGUUUUGCUGGUGUGUGUUGGGGAAAGGGGAUACCUAGUCAGUUGUACAAGUGAAUGCAUUCAACUGAAAUGUCUUCCGCAUUUAACCCAAUCAGAGAGAUGCAGGGGGCUGCCUUAAUCGAAGUCCACGGUGCAGUUGUUGGGGGUUAAGUGCUUGCUCUAGGGCAGAACAGCAGAUCUUUCCACCUUGCCGGCUCGGGGAUUCGAACCAGCGACCUGCCGGUUACUGGCCUAGCAAUCUUAACCGCUAGGCUACCUGCCGCCUGUGUGUGUGUUGUGUGUGCCUGCCCACUGUUGAUGUACUACUGUACUAGAAAGAGCCUCAGCCUUUGGAAGGAUGACCACAUAUAAUGCAGUUAUAUUUUCCACGAGAUUAAUAUGCUUAUCUGAAAAUCUAGACCUGCUCUAUGGCCCUGGCAGCUAAAGGGUAAACCCCAGUCACAGACAACAGGAGUAAACUAGCUAGCCUCGAGAGAUAUAAAGUAUGGUGCUCUUUUCUAUCUGCCUUAAUGUUGUUAUGUAAUACUAAUGCAUAUAGCUGUAAAGGAGAAAUGUACACUAAAACACAUCCCAUAAACUCAUUAUACGGAUGUCUUGGUAUUUAGCAUGCCAGGAACUAGAGACUCGUAUCAAUAUGUUAAGACAUGUUGCACAUAUAGCUGUUUUGCAUGUAUUUGUAGAGUGAUUUUUGUCUGUUUGUGUUUACGUCUGUCUCUGUAUUUCCCAGACAUCGGGUUUGAGGUGCCUGAUUCGUUCCUGGUGGGAUAUGCCCUGGACUACAAUGAGUACUUCAGAGAUCUCAGUGUAAGUUGUCUGGGUUAGAGAUGAUACUGAUAUUCUGUUAUAUUCUCUAUCCUAGAUUCAGCAUGUUGAAUCUUAGUGAAAUACCUAAAUAUAAGAUGGGUCUGUUAAAUCAAGUCUGUCAUUGGUGUAUUCUUUUACGCGUGUGCGCACACACAUACUCGUUACCAUGUGUUUUUGCUCUGUGCAGCACAUCUGUAUACUGAACGAGAACGCAAAGGAGAAGUACAAAGUGUGAGCUGAAGAGGAGGCGAUGGACAAAUGGAUGAAGGGAGUCUAGGACCACUGUGAUGAUCCUGAGCUUUUUGGGGUUCUGAACCGUAUUUUUUUUUCUACGUAUGGAACUUACUUACAUACUUAAUAGAGCCUCACAGUGGAGGUGUCAUAAUACCC